ACAGAAACAACAACAUCAACGAAGAUGGCUUGUCCAUUUCUCUCCGAUCCCAUCGAUAUUGGGGCACAAAUAAUUCGAAAUGCCUUACGCGGAGAGAGACUUGUCCAACCACAAUUAGAUUUGCUGGCAUUCCCAGAGGAAAUUCUCAUCGAACGAUAUCACUUUUCAUCCAACUCGAUUCUAUAUCUCCAUAGUCUUUUGCGCCCGUACAUCUCCAAUCUCACGCACCGCGGCGGUGCGCUAACGUCGAUGCAAAUUUUGUGCAUCGGACUACGUUUUUUCGCCCACGGGAGUUUUCUGUACAAUAUCGGUGGUGCAGAAAAUAUCGGAAAAUCGACAGUGUGUCGGGCGGUCAGAAAAGUUACCCUCGCCCUCAAACGUGUGUUACCUGUUAUGGUGGUCUUCCCUGGGCACAAACCUGUGGAAGUGAUCAAAGAAGAAUUCCAGAGGAUUGCAGGUUUUCCAAAUGUGAUUGGAUGUGUGGAUGCAACACACAUACCCAUCACUCCUCCAGCACAAAAUGAACGGGACUAUCUCAACCAAAAGUCUUUUCACAGCAUCAAUGUCCAGAUCAUAUGUGACGCAUCCUACAAAAUCACCAACCUGGAAGCCAGGUGGCCCGGCUCAGUUGAUGACUCUCAUAUCUACGAAGAGUGUAGUGUGUACAACAAAUUUGCACAUGGACAUUUUGAUGGCUACCUCCUGGGUGACGUCGGCUAUCAAUGCCAGCCCACGUUGAUCACCCCUUACCCUGACCCCGAGCCUGGUCCCCAGCAACGUUUUAACGAAGCCCACAGCAGAACAAGAGCCCGGAUCGGUAUGACCAUAAACAUGCUCAAAUCCCGGUUCCAGUGCCUGCAAAAACUCAGGGUGACUCCAGAACGGGCGUGUGACAUCAUUGUGGCAUGUGUUGUUCUCCAUAACAUUGCUACUAAUAGAGGAGAGGAAUACCCUGUUCUACAAAUGAUUGACACAGAGGAGGAGUAUCCAUUCUACUUUGAAGAUCUUAAAGAUGGAAUGGCUGCCAGGGAUCGCAUUUGCAGGAAUUGCUUUUCUGAUGAACAGACAGUCAAAUAAAAACAGAUUCAACUCCCUAACUGUUUAAAAUGAUGCUUAACGUGAAGCAUGGUGGUGUAGCAUCACUCUGGAGAUAUUUGUCAGCAGCAGGAAGUAUGAAACUGAUCAGAAACCUGCUCUAGGGCGCUCUCAAAUUGAAACUGGGAUGACAGUUCAUCUUUCUCCAGGAAUGCAACCCUAAGCACACAAGAUGUCAAAUGGGUUGGCUUUAGGAUAGCCCUGAUGGGUUUGCUUGGGGAGUGGAGUCAGAACCCAGACAUUUAUUCAAUAGAACAUCUUUGGUUGGAUUUGAAACCGGCUGUGCACUGACGUUUCCCGUCAAACUUGAUGUAACUUCAGAGGUGCUGCAAAGAAGAAUAGGCGAAGUAUUGAGUAAAAAAUGUCCCAAAUACUUACAGUGUGUACAUAGUACUACAUAUCAUUUCUAGGUUUUCAAAAAAGUUGUACAUAUUGGAAUGCCCAUAUAUUCAUGUGCCUUUAAGAAGCCAGGGUGUGGUUAGGUGGCCAACAUGAAGUGCAAUUUGUGCUACAGACCAUCAUAUAAUACUGCCAAUACACCAACCUCAGCUGCCGCUCUAGUAAUUGAAUUUCCAGGUCCGCUUUUCUAAUCUGUCGAUCCAAGAACACCAUUUCUUUGUCUGUUUUAGCAAUCUUUCUCAGGAGGUGGACUCUGUAUAAAUCUGUAACCGCUGACUAAAAAACACAAGAAUGAUAUUUUAAUUCUACAAAAUCACAGCAACAAUUUACAAAAAAAAAAAUCUCACUGUGUCAAGCUGCACUGUGGAGUCCGAAGGACCCUCUACCUGUUCUCCGCCAGUCACUCUCUGUUAGAAAGAACAAUGAUGUGUAAGUUGUUUUCAUCAACUAUUGCUGCCACUUAAUCAACUAUCAAAAAACUAAUUAACAAUUUUAUCAUCAUUAUUAUUCUCAACCACGCAUAAAGUAAAUAUAGCGUAAAGUAACUCAUAAUUCAAUAAAUUUAUUGGUUUGCUAUUGAUGGCGAUCUAAUCCAUUUGAACUGGAACGGUUAGCAGUGAACGAUUAUGUUUAAGUGCUACUGGCGCCAAUAGACGUCCAAUCCACCGAGCAAAUGACCGCUGCUAGCCCUUCGAUUUAAAUUUUUUUAUUGCUGUCAACAAGUGUAUUACACGUUAAAGUUACCAAGCUGAAUGUAACAAUAUUGUUUGUACCUGGAACUGUACUUCUGUUGGCCUUUCUGGUUCGCUAUCCGUGGCAGAAAACGCUACGUUUUCAUCUUUCUGUGAUACAAAAGAGGAUACUGUCAACAUUCAUCCUUUAUAGAAUAGGAGCGUAUUCCAGCUAACAAUGAGCAUUAAGUGGGGUGGUUGCCAGCCAAUCCAGCCCACCAUGCAUGUUUUGCAAAACCAGAGAAAACCCACACAGGAAUGGGGAGAACAUGCAAAGUUCACACAGGUGGGCCGCAGCCGGAGAUUAAAUCCUUGAUCUUAGAACUGUGAGUCAGAAUGGCUAUCUACUCAUCACCGCCCAGUGUCAUUAUAUGUACUUGUAGGGAAUUGAACUGAAACAGACUUUUUUGGUUAAAACGAUGUUAAAAACCUUCAAAUCUGCUUAUCUAACCACACCAUUUUGGUUCAUCUAAGCCACCUAGUUUCCUCUACAUUUUGCUUCCUCUCAUGAGAGAGCGCCGUCUUAACAAGAACAACAACAGCAGCCAUGGCUACUGCCGAUUCUGCUAAUUUUGCCUAACCAACUUUGGACACAAAUUGGAUAAUGCCAUGAGUAAGUGUAUUAUCUAAUGAUGUACUUAAAAGUAUAAAAUGUGUGUGUGUCUGUCCCUCUGUUUCGUUUUCCUGUCAAGAUUGCUGCUCCUAGAUUACAGAAACUAAAAGCAUGCCAUGUUAUUUAUUUUUUUGUUCACAAACCCUAGCAAAAAGUAU